AUGUCUGGUAAUUCCUCUGAAAAUAUGUCUAGUAAUUUCUCUGAAAAUAUAUCUGAAUUUGAAUCAGUUGCUGCUAGUGAUAAAUAUGAUAAUACAAAUAAUAUGACUAGAAAUAUAGAAUUUAAUAAUAAUUCACAAGAAUCAAGUGAAUAUAAUACUGAUAUUCAUUCUUCUAAUAUUAGUAGAACUACUAGACUAUAUUAUAGCAGUAGUCAUUCAAAUAGUAAUGUUACUUCUAAAAACUUUCAGUCUAGAAAAUUAAAUAGAUUCAUCUAA